CCCAUUCUUAUCCUACCCACUUUUUCUUUCCUCUUCUGAAUCCCCUGCUCCGAACUCCUGUCUGUGAAAUCCUUCGUCGCUCUCCCCAUCUUUUUCUCUCAUUUUCACCAUACUUUUCCCUAUUUCCCAGAGCCAGUGCAAGGCCCUGGUUCCGAUUAAGCGACUGCUUGAGACUCGGGUGCACGAGGGGGAACUGACCCAGAGUGGUGAUGGAGAGCAUCCCGUCAAGGGGUGGGCUGAACCGAGUACACCUACAAUGCAGGAAUCUGCAGGAAUUUCUAGGGGGUCUGAGCCCUGGGGUAUUGGACCGAUUAUAUGGGCACCCUGCCACCUGUCUGGCUGUCUUCAGGGAGCUCCCACCUCUGGCUAAGAACUGGGUGAUGCGCAUGCUCUUUCUGGAGCAGCCUCUGCCACAAGCUGCUGUAGCCCUGUGGGUAAAGAAGGAAUUCAGCAAAGCUCAGGAGGAAAGUACAGGGCUGCUGAGUGGCCUCCGUAUCUGGCACACCCAGCUGCUCCCUGGUGGUCUCCAGGGCCUCAUCCUCAACCCCAUCUUCCGCCAGAACCUGCGCAUUGCCCUUCUGGGUGGGGGCAAGGCCUGGUCUGAUGACACGAGUCAGCUGGGACCAGACAAGCAUGCCCGGGAUGUCCCGUCACUUGACAAGUACGCCGAGGAGCGAUGGGAGGUGGUCCUGCACUUCAUGGUGGGCUCCCCCAGUGCAGCUGUCAGCCAGGACUUGGCUCAGCUCCUCAGCCAGGCUGGGCUCAUGAAGAGUACCGAGCCCGGAGAGCCUCCCUGCAUUACCUCUGCUGGCUUCCAGUUCCUGCUGCUGGACACCCCUGCCCAGCUCUGGUACUUUAUGUUGCAGUAUCUACAGACAGCCCAGAGUCGGGGCAUGGACCUAGUGGAGAUCCUCUCCUUCCUCUUCCAGCUCAGCUUCUCUACUCUAGGCAAGGAUUAUUCUGUGGAAGGGAUGAGUGAUUCUUUGUUGAACUUCCUGCAACAUCUUCGUGAGUUUGGGCUUGUUUUCCAGAGGAAGAGGAAAUCUCGGCGUUACUACCCCACCCGCCUGGCCAUCAAUCUCUCGUCAGGUGUUUCUGGGGCUGGGGGCACUGCGCAUCAGCCAGGCUUCAUUGUCGUGGAAACCAAUUACCGACUGUAUGCCUACACGGAGUCAGAGUUGCAGAUCGCCCUCAUCGCCCUCUUCUCGGAGAUGCUCUAUCGCUUCCCCAACAUGGUGGUGGCGCAGGUGACCCGGGAGAGUGUGCAGCAGGCCAUCGCCAGUGGCAUUACAGCCCAGCAGAUCAUCCAUUUCCUAAGGACAAGGGCCCACCCAGUGAUGCUUAAACAGACACCUGUGCUGCCGCCCACUAUCACGGACCAGAUCCGGCUGUGGGAGCUGGAAAGGGACAGACUCCGCUUCACUGAGGGUGUCCUGUAUAACCAGUUCCUGUCGCAAGUGGACUUUGAGCUGCUGUUGGCCCAUGCGCGGGAGCUGGGCGUGCUGGUGUUCGAGAACUCGGCCAAGCGGCUCAUGGUGGUGACGCCUGCUGGGCACAGUGAUGUCAAGCGUUUCUGGAAGCGACAGAAGCACAGCUCCUGAGAGCGCGGACUAGGACCGGGCGGGGCGGGAGGCGGGCGCGGCUCCGGAACUUAGGGUUUUUUAACUCACACCUGGGGACUCUAAUUGUUUAAUAAAGUUGUGAAAAUGAG